UAAAUAAAUUACAAAUUGCGGCUCCUCACGUUGUUGAGUUAGCCAAACAAAUAACUAUGGCGGACAGUGCAAGCGAGCUAGAGAGUGAUACAAGCUCUAUUGACGGUGGUCCCACACUCAAACCACCGUCACCAGCUGCCGUUGAGCAGCUUCAGAAGAGGAUUGAGUCUCUUCAACAAGAAAAUAGGGUUCUAAAGAUUGAACUGGAAACUUACAAGUUAAAAUGCAAGACCUUGCAAGAAGAGAAGAAAGAACUUCAAAAAGCCAGUGUAAAUAUUCAAGCAAGAGCUGAGCAAGAGGAGGAAUUCAUAAGUAACACCCUUCUGAAGAAAAUCCAGGCACUGAAAAAGGAAAAAGAGGCCCUGGCUAUGAAUUACGAACAAGAGGAAGAGUUUCUAACCAACGACCUCUCAAGAAAAUUGCAUCAGUUGAGACAAGAAAAAGUAGAACUAGAGCAAACUCUGGAGAAGGAACAGGAGUAUCAGGUGAACAAGCUGAUGAGGAAGAUUGAAAAACUGGAACGGGAGACACUGACCAAGCAGAGCACCUUGGAACAGUUGAGAAGAGAAAAAGUGGAGCUGGAAAACGCUCUGGAACAAGAGCAGGAAUCUCUGGUUAAUCGACUCUGGAAGCGUAUGGAUAAACUAGAAACGGAGAAAAGGUUGUUACAAGAGAAGCUAGAUCAACCCGUUACUGGGCCCCCCUCCCCCCGGGACAUCAACAAUGGGGACACGGCUCAAAACAUCACUGACCACAUUGCCAAACUACGCAAGGAAGUGGUCAAUCUUAAGUCCAUGCUCCGGGCUGCACAGUUAGAACAUGAAGAAAAAAUGGCACAAUAUGCACAGGAAGAGAAACACAUAAGGGAAGAAAAUUUAAGAUUGCAGAGGAAAUUGCAGCUUGAGAUGGAGAGGAGGGAGAACUUGUGUCGGCACUUGUCUGAAAGUGAAUCCAGCUUAGAGAUGGAUGAUGAGAGGCAUUUUAAUGAAAUGGCGAAACACCAGGACCCGGGUCACAGUGCCAGACCCCGCACAGUAUCCAGUCCCAUUCCUUAUGCUUCCCCGAACACGUCACGGCCACUAUCACCAGGAAUGAAUUAUCCAGCAUUCAGCCCUCCAAGCCCGAUGCGGAGAAGUUUGGGUGGAGGAACGUCACCUUUCCAUCCGCCCUCUCACCUGCCGGGAACCUCCCCUCCAGUUCAUGGUCACAUGGCCAUGCAGACAGGCUGCAAUCAUCCACAGAAGCAAAGGCCAAGCUCAGAAAAAUUUGCAAGACCAAGUAGUUUUCCAGACCGCAGUGAUAAGACAUGAGCAGCUGCCUGUGCUGAUGACGCCAUUUGUCAUGUAGAACAGUUCACGGUGCUAAGGCUCGGUAAUGCCAUGGAUACCACAAGACUCCAGAGGAAUUUUGCAAACUCCAUCCUGUCUGGAUCUUUGAUUUUUUUUGAUUGGUGCAUUCUUGUUAUUGCCAUCAAUAUUUCAGCUUGUUAGUUGUUUAUACAGUGUUCUGGAUCAUUCCAUUUCGUGGGUUAUUAGGGGGGUAUCUUUUGUCUUGUAUUUACAUGGAGCUUGAAAUACUGCAAUGAAGAUAUCUAGUCGUUUUUAACUCUUUAAAAAGCUGAAUCCAUCUACGUUUAGGAUUUGUGGUAGUUUAUUUAUGAAUUUGUUAAUUCUUAACAGUGUGUGUUAAACAAGGUUUUUUUUUUUGUUCAUUCCUCACUGAAAAUUAACAGCUUAUGCUUUGGUUAGCUUGCAUUUAACCAUUUGUAUUAUUUUUUUUAAUAUUUAAUGACUUUGGUCUAUGGUAUGUCUCAUGAAAGUGAUUGCUGUUCUGUUGUACAAGUACACCAAGGAUAAGAUAAGGAGAGUUACAUUUCCUACAUGUACUGUACAUCCUGCAUCUGGAUACAUAGUGAAGAUGAAAACUAGGUAUGCUUCACAGGUGUAGAAAGCCAAGUGGUCUUAUUUAGUGAAUGUGAGAGAAUAUGUAAAAUAGCUAGGAAAUAAUUUACAUAUUGUGAUGCGUUACAUUACAUGGCAGCUUUAUGUUGUUUUAUUUAGUAGUAUCCCCCCCCCCCUUCCAAUUCAUUUGCUUCUUGCGUAUUUUGUAGGGCAUUAAUUAGCUUAAGUUGCGGUAUACCAAGUUGUUUUUUGCUUAUACAAAGGAAAACCUGUUGUGUGUAUGCAAUAAAAGAGGCCUAGCUGCUACAUGUAUUUUGACAAGGAAACCGAGUUACAUGUACAUGUAUAUCUCUGAGAAGAGUAUGACAUCUUUAUUGGAAUAGAAAAAAAAUCUGGGAGGAAAUCAUUCAUUUUAAAUUGUACUGGGUCAUAUUACAUUUAGUGUAUUGAAAAAGCUAAAUCAAUGAACAUUCAAAAUAAUUUUAAUAUGCCUUGAAAUACAUUUUAAGUGUAAUUUUCAGGUGUUUUUUUUUUUUUAUGUACAGUAAAUUGUACUGAUCUACAUUACGGAAUGUCUGAAUAAGCUGGAAUUGCUCUCUGUUCCUUCAAUACUACUAUCUUAAAUUGGAUUUUGAAUAGCAACGUACACUGUACUGCUGUAUUUCUGCAAUUUUUUCUUUAUUUUUGGAAGUGUGUGCAAUGAGAAUAGUAAAUAUUGGAACAUUUGAUUUCACUGUUGUCAUUCCUUUUCACUACCGUAUAUGUUAUGUUGUGUUUUUUGUUGUUGUUUUUUUUUGUUUUUGUUAGAGUGUAUUAUUUGCAGGCAACAUUUAGUAUUGAUUUGUGAAUUCCCUUAUAUAAAAGAUACUCAAGACGCAACACGUUAUUAUUGCUGAUAGUUAGAAAAAAUCUGUAGUAUUUUUUAAUAGUGACUGUUUUGUUAUGAGAAGAGAAUGAUUGAAAUGGAAACAUGCAGUUUGUUAGAGAAUGUCAGAUGGAAACAACAACUUGCUGUCAUCUUUAAGUUUAAAUACCAGUUUAAUAUUUAUGAAGUGAUGUAAUAAUGUUCGUGUAUUAGUUGUUUUUUUUUACUGCAGAUUUAAUGAGGGCAAGGGGUUUUAAUUUGGGUCUAUUUUUUGUCUUUCAGUACUUGGUAUAAGUAUGGAAUCUUAACAUUAAACAUUUCUAUGGCUUAAGGAUCUCCAUGGCUAAGGUUUUCAAUUUCAAAUGUCAAGGUCACUUGAUGAGAAAUGAUUUGCAGGUUAUCUUAAAUACUAGACAAGAUUACCCCCAAUUGAUUUUGAGGUGUAAAGGUCAAAGCCAUUGGCUUAUAUAACAAAACGGUCUCUGGAUGAUAUUUUAAUUUAUUGAUUAGUAAAAAGCACAAUUUAAAAAAUCUGACUUUAAGCAGGGAACUUAAAACUACUGUAAUUUUUUUUUCAACUUGUAAAUAUAUUUGGUGUAUUAUUUGAGAGGGAAAUGAAAGGUUUGACACACAAUUUUGAUCUACAGAAAUGUUAUUUUGCAAGUGAAAAAUUUUGCUGAUCCAUGCUUUGGAUAAAUUUCAACUUGAACAUUGUAUGAAAGCAAAAUUUAUACGUGUAUCAGGCUGUGUGUGAACUUAUUUUAGCAUACUUUGGACAGCCGGAGCUGAUGCACUGUUUGGUAUAAUCAUGAUUUAGCACUUCUAUGUACAAGAAUGGAUAAUUAGACAAUUUCUUAUUCUGGCACAAGAAAUAGAGAGUUUUGCUUCCCUGCCAAAGCCACUAAAAUAAAUGCACACACAGCAUAAUGUAUAUUUAAUUCAUGUUGCUGAUGCAAAUGAUUUCUUGAUAAUUUUCAGUUUUCGUCAUCGCAGUUUUUUAAUACAGAGUGGGUAAAUGUACUACUUUCUAACAGGUACCAUCAUGGUUUGUUUUUAUUGUAAAAACAAAAUUAAACGAAAAUAGGAAACUGAAUUUUAUUUUAACUACGUGUAUGUCGACCACUUAAUGUAAUUGUAACAAAUGACACCAGUCCCUGCUUCUUCCAUUGUAAUGCGUUUCAUAUAACCACACACUUUCAUGUCUGUAUAUCAAUGUUAGUUUGACAGCGACUUUACUUUGUCUUAAAUAUUAAUUCUGAAUGUCCUUGGAUUGUUUCUCUAUAAAUGCUCCUAGUCAGGAAGUUAAUAACACAAAAUAUCAGCUGCUCAUACCAGGAAAUGGCACUGGGUGUGCCAGAAGGGAAAACAUUCUGUUUAAGGACUGUUCAUAUGUUUGUUGUUAAUUGUGACACAUAUGUGCUAUUAAUUCUUUUAAUGUUGGACAUUUUUGCAAAAUUGUGAUACAUUAGUAAGCGUGAAUGCAUUUACUACAUGAGAUAUGCUGCUUUGUGUAUUUAUAUACAUGAGAAUAAAUGUUUUUCAGCUGCA